CGUAGUAUCAGUUACAGCCUUGUAAUACCACUUGAACUUUACUAUUAUUGUUUAGUGCGUAUGAGGAAGCGUUUAAUUUAGCAUCUGUGGCAUGAUUUGUGUCAGCCAAUCAGAAUCCUAAAUGAAAAAUGAUAUGUAAUGCAUUUUAUUGAAAAACGCAUAAUCACUUUUGUUGAGAAUUCAGCAAUAAAUUCUGUGUCAGAAAUUAGUGUUAUUUGAAAAGAGGAUUAAAAAAGUUAUUUAAUAACAUUAAUAUUUUACUAAUUUUGAAGAGAUUGUGUUAAAGCUGUAUAUUUGACUUAUUGCCAUUUGGAAGAAGAUCAAGUGUGACAGAUUAAUGUGUUAAUUGUUGUGUUGUAGUCAGGGACAAGAUAAUUUGCCAGUCUGAGCCAUACAACCAAACAGCCACUUAAAUACACUGUCAAUUGGAGCAAUACAGCUAAAUUUUGCCAAGCCACAAAUCCAUUGAGCACCACAGACGAUUUGAGUCAGAUUUAAGCCAAAAGUCUAGGACAAGAUGGAAGACAUGGAAAUAUUCCAUCAUAUAGAUCAGUGGACACCUGGAAGUUCUGUUUUACCAAGCAUACCUAAUGAAGAACAGAUAGGAAGUGUACAGAAGCAGUUUUCUGGCACCACAAUAAAGCAGAAGUUACAGGCUGACCAGUGUACCGGUACGUUUUCUGAGUUGGGACUUGACAAACAGAAGAAAUCUUUGCAGACAAAGGUCCUGCCAGGAGAUGUAGGAGGGAAUUUGAAUUCUACAGUGCUGCCUCCUGAAUUAUUGAAUGAUAUCCUGAGCCUAAGAGAAGAUUAUCCAGAGGAAGGUUGUAUUGUCAACCUUGGCAGAAAAGCAGAUCUAAUACACGGACAGAGAAAACAGAACAAAGGCAGCCAUCAGUCUGAAACACACCAAAAAACAUUUUCUGAAGAUAUUGCAAAAUUUAAAACUUUUGAGUCUGCUGUUGACAAUGUUUUUGAAGGAGUGGUAUUCCAUGAUGAUAACAGUAAGGAUUUCAGUGUAAGGAAAGAGAAGAGUUGUCAAGGAUCAGAUAAAAUCCCUUUGGAAGAAGGCAGUAAUGAUGUCUCAGUUCUUGAAUUGUCAAGGAAAUCUUCUAUUGCUAAAGGGUGUGCUUUCAAUGAUAAAGGAAAUGCUUCCUUCCCUGAAGGCAGUGCUUCUUUUCCUGAAGGCAGUGCUUCCCCAGGUAAAGUCAGUAUAGGAGAGUUACAAAGUCCUGCUAAGCGUGCAGUUAAUAAAAUAUUAGAAAAACAUUUUGCAUCGAAAGGGAAAAUUCUUUGCCCUUUAGAUCUUCAGGGGACCAGUGGUUAUACUGGUAUCACAAAUACAAUAUCAGUUUCUGAGUUAAGACAAGCAGCACAGUAUCAUGGCUGUACUAAUGAUAUAUUGUUUUUCUCUAACCAUGACCCUCCCAAUACUAAUGGGCCCCAUACACAAUCAAACUCAUCAGGAAUAGGUGAGACUUUUGAACAAUGGAAACUAGCUGAACCUGAUGGACUAGGCAACCUUGCUAAACAAGGCCAUAGGCCUACCUACUUAUCCACCGCAAAAAUUACCAUCAGAUAUCCAAAACCUGUCUAAUGUCAAAAUGCCUCGUACACUUCCAUUAGAGAAAGCAUUAAGUCAGUCCCCUAUUAUGCUCAGCCAAGAUGGAGCUUCCCAGUCCUAUUCUGGAGGUUCUGUUUCAGAGCUGGCAGAUUGGUCAAUGCCUAUCAGUGGAAAGGAUUUGCCUGGGGCUAUCCAAAAUAUUUGUACCCAGUCAAGCCUGGACAUACCAGCCCAAUCUGAGCCACCAGAUCUAACACAUUAUACAUGCAGCACAGAGCUUAAACAUGCACUUCAGAUGAAAUUUCUGCCAUUUAAACAUUAUGGCCAAACAGGGCCAAAUAACCAGGUAAAUGGUGGGGCUACUUGUGGUCAAAGAUACCAUCCCUACACUAAACAUGAAUCUGCAUCAACUGAACAGUUUCAGGAGUCAUUGCCAAACCUUCCAGAAUUUAUGGAAAGCAUUUCCAAGUAGGCACAAUGUUGUUGAACUAAAGUAAGAUUAAUUGUCUGGGCUUAUUUGAAUAGAAUGUUGUAGAACAUGAACCUAGGAGAUUCAAGAAUGUUUACUAGCAUAUAGUAUAUUAAACAAUAAAGAACAUAAUAAUUGAAAAUGAUUAUAAACUCAAUACUAUCUGUUACAGCAUUUUUCCUCAAGAUUUGGCAGGGAAAUUUUCAUUUAUGCUAACUAAGAUAUCCUAACAGAUAAACAGUAGCCCAUCAACAAAUACAGACACAACUGAAAUUUCUAAACCUUUUUGAUGUCCAAAACGCCUGACAUUUCACAAUGGAAAGUACCAUAUCAAAAUCAUUUUGUGACAAUGAAGACAAAGCUAACCAAGAUAUUUUAAAACUUUAAAGUGUUCCUACUACAUUGGAUUUCUUUAGACUGAAAAAUUGUUGAAAAAGACGCUAUGCCUGGACACACAAUUACCUUAUAUUGAGGAGAAAUUAAGGAAAAAUAUUCUGGUAAAGUCAAAUCAAGCCAUUCAAACAGUAGGUGAUUAAUUCCUUUCUGGAAUGAGGCAAAACAGAGCAAUUUUUGCAAAUAAAAUAUAUGAACUUUUGUAUGCAGUGCUUAUUAUGUCAUCUGUUUCAUUUGCACCAACUGUUUGAAGGGCAGAGGUAGAACAUAUUGGAGCAUCCAUUAGCAUUCUGGUCUGCACAGUGAAUGGAGUAGGCCCAUAGGUAUUUUACCUGGAAAGGAAAUAUUCUCUCCAUAUUAAAAUGUAAAAAAAAUCUAUGAAUUGUAUGAUUAUUUUGCUUUACCAUCAUACAUGUGAAAAGUAUUAAGCUGUGACUAUAUCUUAAAUUUAUUUAAAAUUAUUGAAAGACAUGAAAUAAAUAGAUAAUUUGUUUGUUAUGGUAAACUGAAACUAGCGUCUAGAUUUUAUAUUCUCACUGGCAGUACUAACAUUCACAAAACUAUUUCAAUGAUGUUCAUUCAGUGAGAAAUAUUUUUGUAUUGCACUGAAACAGAAAAAUAUGAUGUGUAUUGUUAACAGUUUGUUUUGCUGUAAUGAAUGUUAAUCAAAUUAAUAACAUACCAGCUACUUGAUGAAUUUAAUUUUCUAAUGAACUUUUUAUUGUUUUUUAUAUUAUGUACACAGAACAAAGUUUGGUGAUUAUAUCGUUCCUUAUGUAUGCAUUCAGAUUAGAUGAACACAUUUGUCCUCCAAAAGAACAAAUAUGUCAUCUGUAAGAACAAAAAUACCAUAUGUAGGAACAUUGUGCAUAUAUAUAUAUAUAUUAUGUCUUGUUACAUGUUUUAGGUGCUUCAAAAGCACAUUAUUGGCUUCUGUUAAUGAGUUUGUUAGUAUUUGUGAUUGUCAUUAAUAACUGCUUUUGUUUGUAGUGUCAGGCUUAUCAUUGUCACAGCUCAUUUAUUGGCUGAAGGUUUUGGAAAGUAAGUUAAUUUCUAUAAAUGUUUAGCUCACCUGAGCAGGAGGUGCUCAGGUUGAGCUGUUUUGAUCACUCAAUGUCUGUCUGUUGAUCAUAUGAUCAUAAGAGGCGACUAAUAGGGUCUUAACACUUGGUUUUGCAGUAACUCUGUGAUUCCAGCAGAUAUGCAAAUUUUGAUUCCAUACCUCAUGUUUUUAUUUCGAUGUAAAUGAGAUGUGGAGCCAAAAUUUGUAGUGCUGUUAGGCGCAGUAUAACCUGUACUGUGUUGGUUCGCCGUAAAACCCAAAUAAAUACAGUAAAACACCGCUCGCUCGCGGUCGCAAGGGGAUGAGCAAAAUGCUCGAGUUAUCCAUGGUUUCGAGCGACCAAAACAUUGACCAUCAUACAAAGAAAACUAAAGUGUCAUCGGGACCGUUUGCAGAGUAAACGGUGAUGCUUAAUAAUAACAAACUUGUGACAUUUGCAAAAACAAACGUAUUAAUACAAACGUUAUCUAUUGAUAGAUGUCUCAAUAUGUAAUUUGUAAAUGAUACAUGUGAAGAAACAACUAAGACUUUUUUAUUCAUCAACAAGUGCAUAUCAUAAUUAUCGUCUCAAUUUUAUGAAAAGGCUAUAUUAUUUCCUUCAUUUGCAAGCAAACAACUGCUGAUUAAAAUACUAAGAUCUCAUAACUAUCUUCUCGAUCCCGCAGAAAAGAUGCGUUAGUAAUCAGUAAUUGUUCGAUAUUUAAUCAAUAAAACUUUUCUUUAAGCUUUUAUUAAUAAUUAAUCUCAUCAUAAGAUCCAAUACACCGACAAACAAACAUUUAAGAUAGUCUGGGAAUAGACUACGCAAUUCUCACGGUGUGUGAAAAUGUUUAAUUAACCGAUACAAUCUGACCACCGAAGGUGUGAAACAUUUUGACACCUCUGCUUGAGUUAGCCAGAAGCAACAAAGAGUAAAUUAAUACACAGGGACCAGGUGUCAUGCUCGAGCGAUCGAGUUAUCGAUGCUCGACCCAGCCAUGGUAAUAUCACAUAGAAAAUAGAAGGAAAUUGGCCGGGACCACAUGAAUUGCUCGAGCGAGCCCGGGUGCUCGAGUCAUCGAUGCUCGAGCGAGCGGUGUUUCACUGUAAAUAAACUGUCCAAACAUGUCUUCAGAUGACAUCUCUGAAACUACUGGUCAGAAUUGCCCCAAACUUUAUGGAAUGCCGCACGUGUCUUACGUCAGGACAUUUCAUUAUUGUCAUGUCAAAGUGUGGUGUUAACUUGUAAAAACAGUGUGAUCUUGUCUACAGAGCGUGUUACUAUCUUAAAAUGCCAGAAAAGAUCAAAGGAUGCUUUAACAAGAUAACAUAGCCUUUUAACAAAAGAAGACACUGUUGUGACAAGUUAACACCACUCUUUGACAUGAUAACAUGCCUAGUUAUCAUAAUAAGAUACUAUUUGGACAAGUUUACAUCACACUUUGACAUGAUAACAUAGCUUUUUAACAUAAAAAACAUGCUUGGUAGACGAGAUCACAAGAUCUUUUGAGAAAAAGAAAAAAACAAAUUAAAAGAUAAAAGGUAAGGGUAGAUUUCCCGGAAGUACAGAGCACCCCAAACACAGCCAUAGAGCCAUGCAUCGCAAAGUAGCCCAACAGUAAGAAGAAGCUGUAACGGAAAAAUAUUUUAGACGGGUUGCUUCAAAAAUCCAACAUCAAAUACAUUUUAAUUAUAUGCGAAAUGCAGAAAAAAAGGGGUAGGGGUAAGGGGUAGAUAAAACGGUCGGGUGUUGGGGGGAAGUGGAGCAAGGAUGAAUAUUCAACGGGGAAAGCCACAUUCCUUAAACGCAGUCCCAUACAUCCUAAACCACAGCAGUGCAGACACACACGUACAAAAGGCACACACACACAGAUAAACAAACAAACAAUAUAGUUAGCAUAAUAGAACACUAAGUUGGACAAGCUUUAACAUUAUAACAUAGCAUUUUCACAUAAUAAGAAUGGAGCCUUUUAACAUAAUAGAGUUGUAAGUAGAUAAGAUGACAUGACACUUAAACAAGAUAACAUAAAUUAUAGUUUAAACAUAAUAGCAUGCUCGGUAGAUAAAAUCAAACGGUAUCUUAACAAGAAAACAUAGAUUUUUAACAUAAUAACAAGUUCUGUUGUCAAGAUCACACGAUACAAUAAAACACAGCUUUUAGCUGCAGACAAGAUCACACUUUGGCAUGAUAACAUUGCUUCUCAGACAUAACAUAGCUUUUUAACAUAAUAAGAUUUUUUUUCAAGUUAACAUCACACUCUGACAUGAUAACAUGAAAUGUCUUGACAUAAAAGACAGUUGUGAUGUUCCAUAAAAUUAGGUAAGUAGCAUCUUGGCAUGGUGUUAGCUUGGCCUCUUUUAGGGGCCACCAGAGCUAAAAUAGAAAAACCUGUAAAUGACUUCUUCUCAUGAACUGCUUAGACCUGGUCUGUUGCAUCAUUAUAUGGUAUUCUGCUAAA